CUUGUUACAUGUCUCUCCAUCCAUUGUCCAUUUCCGUACUUCACUAUUUAUGUGCGACAACGAGUCGGUCACUUCAAGCCUGACCACCAACAUCCAACAUCUCUUCCUCUCAAUUCCAGCUGCCUUUUACAUAGUAUUUCGCCCCGUUGCAUCCUGUUAGCUUUACAUCAUACCGCGCCUUGAGUCCCCUCGAUUCUGCUACGACCGCCUCCAUCUACACGACGUACCCGCCCUGGUAUCCGAAACCCCUUCAUCGCAAUGCAUCGUACAUAUUCUAUGCGCCAAUCGAGGGCGCCGACUGCCUCCCAGAUCCAAAACCCUCCUCCACCACCGUCCUCAACCAAGUCCGGCCGAAUCUUCGGCAAAGGAGGCUUUGGACAUGCCCUUCGUCGAAAUGCUGCUGGCGCGUUUGGCCCCGACCUGGCUAAGAAGCUAACCCAGCUUGUCAAGAUGGAGAAGAAUGUAAUGCGCAGCCUAGAGCUUGUGGCUAAGGAGCGCAUGGAAGUCGCCCAACAACUCUCGAUCUGGGGCGAGGCUGGUGACGAAGACGUUUCCGAUGUCACCGACAAACUAGGUGUCCUCCUGUACGAAAUCGGCGAGCUCGAAGAUCAGUAUGUGGAUCGCUACGAUCAAUAUCGUGUGACCAUGAAGAGCAUUAGGAACAUCGAAGCAUCGGUGCAACCCAGCAGAGACCGCAAGCAGAAGAUUGCCGACCAGAUUGCUCAGCUCAAGUAUAAAGAGCCGAACUCGCCCAAGAUCGUUGUCCUUGAACAGGAGCUUGUCCGUGCCGAGGCUGAGUCUCUUGUCGCCGAAGCACAGCUAUCGAACAUCACCCGCGAAAAGAUUAAAGCGGCAUACACCUAUCAAUUUGACGCUCUACGUGAGCACAGUGAGAAAGUCGCCAUCAUUGCUGGAUUCGGAAAGCAUCUGUUAGAGCUGAUUGAUGACACCCCGGUUACUCCUGGUGAGACACGUCCUGCGUACGACGGCUACGAAGCGAGCAAGGCCAUCAUUCAGGACUGCGAAGAGGCACUGACCAAUUGGGUUACAUCAAACGCUGCUGUUAGCGCUAAGCUCUCGACGCGCGCCAGAACACUUUCGACCAGGCGCCGUAACAACAUCAAGGCCCGAUCAGAAGGUCUAGACUUGUCUGGCCAAGAUGUACCACUGAAUGAUCGUGACUCCUGGGUUGCCGCCGGUGAUCACAAGGGCGAGGAGUACGAGGAAGAGUCCGAUAUAGAUGACCAGGCCCACUCCGUCCUCGACUCUGACAACAGCUUAAACGGCGGCGAGCAGCGUGGCAGGCAGCCAAUAGCAGCUUGAAAAUAGGAGCCAAACAAAGGAAGUAAUAAAUCACCUAAUGUCUAAUGCGACCCAGCGCCGUGCAGAGAGAUUAAUGGGUACUACUUGGGCCACGUUCUAUGGCUCUACGGAAUAGUUGCGGAUGUGGACGGGCUGGGCCUGGCGGGUUGCUUAUCGCGUAUUGGAAUAUUCUGUCUGGAUACGCAAAAUCGCUUAGAUAUCUUCAUUCGUUCAAACCGGCUGUAAGGCAGUAAAAGGUUUCGUGUACUGUUAACGAGCUAUUCGUUGCUACUGUAAUAUUUGCUACGCUGAGACCAGAAACCACUGUAUGAAUGAAUGAAUGUUAAUUUCUCACCAAGACUGUUUCUACAAAAAUGAAGUAGGAACCCGGGUAAUUCAGAUUCUACCUACAACAGACAUUACAGCU